AACUGUAUAUUUAUUUCUGGUUCAAGUUUACAUUUUACUGAUAGCAUAAUGAAUAGCUUAAUUUACACGUCCACUAUAGGCAUAUAGUAGUAGGUAGUUUAUUCUCAACAUCUGUGUCUUGUCUUGCUCUCUGUGUUACUGUCCGUUUUUAAGUGUUGACAAUAAUGUGGCGUACCUUAAUUAACAGAAACUUUAAUUUACAAAGACAUUCCGCAAAACGCAAAAUAUCAAGUCACGUUAUAAUCAAUGAAGAAGUAAAGGAUGCCUUGAAAAACAACCAACCCGUCGUUGCUUUGGAAUCGACAAUUAUAACCCAUGGAAUGCCAUUUCCCGACAACUUACAUUGCGCACGGGAAGUUGAGGGAAUAGUUCGAGAAAAGGGCGCAAUACCAGCAACAAUAGCGAUUUUGAGGGGUCGUAUCAAAGUCGGACUAACUUCCACUGAAUUGGAAGACUUAGCCGAUACAAGCAAAGCGAGUGCCAUAAAGACAUCCCGAAGAGAUUUUGGUUAUGUAAUAGCCAACAAGCUAAAUGGAGGAACCACUGUGGCUGCAACUUUAAUUGUCGCAAAACAAGCUGGUAUCCAGGUGUUUGCAACCGGAGGUUUAGGUGGAGUUCACCGGGAAGCCGAGAAAACGUUUGAUAUUUCGGCCGAUUUAAUUGAGCUUGGAAAAAGUCCAGUUGCAGUGAUUUCAAGUGGAGUGAAAUCAAUUCUAGACAUUCCCAAGACGUUGGAAUAUCUUGAAACUCAAGGAGUAUUCGUGGCAACUGUUGGAAGUAAUAGAGAGUUUCCAGCAUUUUAUUGCCGAACGAGUGGCUGCCAAGCUCCAUAUUAUGUGACUGAUGCAGCUCAGGCUGCAAACAUUAUUAAAUGCCAUUUCGAAAUGGGAUUAACAUCGGGAUUGUUAUUCGCCGUGCCCGUUGAAAAAGAGUUCGAAAUGAGUGCGGCGGAAAUGAACGAAAUAAUUGAUCGCGCCAUGUUAAGCGCAAAGACUUUGGGAAUAUCCGGUAAAGAAAUCACCCCCUACUUGCUAUCGCAGAUUUCCGCAUUAACCAAAGGUUCCUCGCUGAAGACCAACAUUGCGUUUAUUAAAAAUAACGCCAGGGUGGCCUCCGAAAUUGCUGUAAAGUUAUGUGGGUUAAAAGGUGAUUCAAAUGGAAAUAUUCAAGGGUCUGGAAAAUUUGAAGGCAGCUCGACUACUGACAAUCCGCCGAUCCUCCCUAAUCUGGCAGACGCUACUAAACUGAAAUAAGCCCAUAUUACAUGGCUUUGCACUUGCAUAUCCAUUUGAAAGAGCAUACUGAUUCGAUUGCGGAAUGACUCUUACAUAAUUUACUUGGUGUGUGCGUGUGCCAUUUAAUAAAGUAUACAUGUGCUAACUAAUCCUCAUUUUUUAGUAUGUAUUGCAAAUUACUCGUAAAUUACCAGGUUAAAAAGCUUUUUAAUUUUCUGUGUUGGAAAAAAUUUGGGUUUUUGUUGGAGUACUUAGCGAGUGCAAUUCAGCCCAUCUAGAAUUAUUCAAUGAUUUGGUGUAGAAUUUAAUGCUUAAGGGGCGUUUUGUUUCAUUGGAGCAUUAGAUAGAUAUAUAAGUAAAGUACUGCAUCACAUUC